AUAAAGUCAGGUCACAUGAUUUGUCUGUUUCCUGUUAUAUGAAUAAUACCUCUAUGUUCACAUGUUAGUAAACAAUAUAAUCGUCAUUGCUGUAUAGACACCAGAACCAGAAAGAUGUUUGUGAAAUUUUUAAUUGUUUUGAUGGCGUCUGUUGUUGUCCUCGCUGCUAAUUUGUCCGACGAGGAUGAAUGGAAAAACUUCAAGUUGACGCAUCAAAAAUCCUAUGACACCCCAGAGGAAGAAGCACGAAGGCUAGAAAUUUUCACGAAGAAUUUGCGUGCCAUAAGGGCCCAUAACGAGAAAUUCGCUAGAGGCGAAACUUCCUACACGCAAGGUAUAAAUCAAUUCGCUGACCUCACCGAAGAAGAAUUCAGACAAGGGCAUCUCGGGCUGAGACAACCGACACAUGGUUCAAAAUAAAAGUAUCAUGAAUUCAGCUAAUGAUUAUUCAUAUUUUUUUAUAUUGUAUAUGCUUUUUAAUUUCGUUACUAUCAUGACAAAUAAAUGAAUAUUCUGAUCUUCA